UUCAAUGUCUGUAACUGUGGAGAACCUUUGCCCGAGCUUCCUUUUCCUAGGGCUGUUUCCCCUUCUCUACUUUUGUGAAGUUAUUCCAAAGAGGAAACGCCGAAAUAACUGCUGACUAGUGCCUGACCGACCUUGCCGGAGAGCGGGAAUCUCAGAUCCUGAAGUGUGUGCCUCUAUGAACUCCCAAAAUCUGCACCCCGUCUUACUUACUCUUGUUAGACCAUGGCAGAACCAAACAGGCCCCAGAGGAAGAUGUCCACAGCCGGAGACAGUCUGUACAAGGUCCUGGGACUGGAGAAAGGAGCAUCAGCAGAGGACAUCAAAAAAGCCUACAGGAAGCUGGCUCUGAGGUAUCACCCUGACAAGAACCCAGACAACCCAGAGGCAGCGGAGAAGUUCAAGGAGAUCAACAAUGCCAACUCCAUCCUGAACGACGAGACCAAGAGGAAGAUCUAUGAUGAGUAUGGCUCCAUGGGGCUCUACGUGGCCGACCAGUUCGGGGAGGAGAGUGUCAAAUACUACUUCCUCAUGUCCAAGUGCUGGUUUAAGACGCUGGUGGUGUGCUGUAGCAUCUUCACCUGCUGCUGCUGCUUCUGCUGCUGCUGUUUCUGCUGCGGGAAGUGCAAGCCGCCCGAGGAUGACAACUACGAUUACAUCGACCCGGAGGACCUGGAGGCCCAGAUCAGAGCCGAGCAGGACAGAGGAGGUGAUCCGGUGAUAAUCGUGCAGCCGAUUCCCAGUGCGCCCUCCGAAAGCUCAGGUCCAAACGCCCCCAUCGCCAUCCAGCCCCAUUCCAUGGCCGGUGACUCCAAAUUUGCACAGCAGUGACCCGCCGGGACAGCGCCAGGCCCUCAGAGGACGAGACCCUGCACCAGCAGCAGCCCUCACGGCUGCCACAGUUCCCCUGCGUCCGGGAGACCGUUUAACCUACCCAUAGCUCAUUUUCAUUGCUAACAGGAAACGGGUAGACCUGUUCGUUUCCCAUUUUCAAAAAAAAC